AUGGAGAUACGAGCAACUUCCUUGGCCAGCAUGAUCGAUAUUGAAAAAAGCGUCAAAGAGCUGGUCACGAAAAAGAAUCUAAGGUUGGUUGGCCUUUUGGCCCCUCACCAGGAUGUGAGGGAAACAACUGCGGGGAGUGCUACUAGUGGAGAAGUUCUCGAGCAGCACCAUGAUGUGUCACAAACUCCAAGGAGGAGGACAACUGGGGUGACUAUCAGGGAAUCCUCCAGCACCCUGCGAGCAGCUGCUGCCGCUGCUCCUUCUGGAAAGGGCAAAAAGAAGGUUUCCGAACAUCCCGCACCUAUUCUUGAAUCUUCUAAUGAUAACGCCAUGUCAACUGAAGAUCUGUUCGAGCUUUACAGCAAAGCUGUACCUACUGCUCCUUUGAGCAAGAAAAAAGGGAGUAGGCCACAUCGAGGUGAAAGCAGCAAGAACUCUCCAACGAAAAAAGAUCAGAUCGGGGAUCCUCCCAUGCCAGUUCCUUCUUGGGAAACCACACCUCCUUCGGCCUCCCUCGACCAGACGUCUCCCCCAAUCCACAUCGAUCAGACUCCUCCUGCAGCACCUGCCGACCAGACACCUCCUCCCGUAUCUAUCGACCAGACACCUCCUGCAGCACCUGCCGACCAGACACCUCCUCCCGGAAUGCUAACUAUGACCGCCAGCUGGCGCCGCUCGGGGGCCCUGACUGCUCAAUAUGAGAAGAGACUUAGCGAGCAGCUUAAGGCGCCCGAGGACAAACACGCUGAGGAACUUAAAGCGUCUGAGGCUAGAGGCAUUGAGGAGCUUAAGAUGGCUGAGCACCAGGCUACUUUGCUCAAAGCCAUCAAGACUAAAGAGAAGUGCAAGGAGGCUUCUUUGCUUAAUUUCAAAAAAGCCUCUAAGCUUCAAGAUGAUUUGAUCAUCAGCAGAAAGGAGACUGAGGGGCUGGAGGAGCACUUCAAAGAGCUCAAGGAGACCAAUGCCAGCAACUUGGAGAGGUAUAAGGGUGCCACCUUCAAUUGCUUCUAUGUGUUUUGGAAGCAUAACCGCGAGGCAGAUUUCAGCUACCUCUUCGAACGCCUGAGGCAAUCUCAAAUAAACAGGUGCCUUGCUCAACUUGAAGAAGAGGAGAGAGCGAAAGUCCCAGCCUCCCCCGAAAUCUCCUUGGCUACGGGCAUUGAUGGCAUGGAAGAGGAAGUUGGGGCCUCUGUCGACCAAUAA